CCAGCUCCUCCACCCCACCACAAUGCCAAUGCCUAUAAGAAGUCGUUAACCAGGCAUCUUCUAAAUGCAGCCAAACUGCUAAUCAUGGCCAGUUGGCGCUGCACCAAGGAACCUACCCUCCAACAGUGGAUGGACAAGAUUGAAAAGAUACGCAAGAUGGAAAUGCUCACAGCAUCCGUGAAGGGAAGUACGGAACGCUACCUGCAAAUGUGGACCCCUUGGAUUGACUACAUGACCCGAC